AUGGCAGGUGGUGAUGAGGCUUUGGAGCAGAGUGUUGGGGGCACAGCCAGAGCAGCGCGCGCAGGCGGGCAGCAAGGAGUGCAGUGCUGCAGGGGGCGGGUUAGGGGAGCGGGGGAGGCGGGGAUGAGGGAGAGAGGGUGCAGGGAUCCUCCUAUCCCCCUUAUACCCUGCCACACUUUUACCUCUUGCCCUCCUCCCUUACUCCGUUCCGUCGUUCCCCCUCAGCCGUCCUCCUCUCCCUCUCCCUUCCUCCCUUCCUCCAUCUCUUUGCCUCACUACCCUCUUUACCCUCUCUGUUGCCCGUCCUCCCUUCCUCCCGUCCUCCCUUCCUCCCGUCCUCCCUUCAUCGCAUCCGCCCAUCAUCUCAUCCCCCCAUCAUCUCAUCCCCCCAUCAUCUCAUCCCCCCAUCAUCUCAUCCCCCCAUCAUCUCAUCCCCCCAUCAUCUCAUCCGCCCAUCAUCUCAUCCCCCCAUCAUCUCAUCCCCCCAUCAUCUCAUCCCCCCAUCAUCUCAUCCCCCCAUCAUCACAUCCCUCCAUCAUCUCAUCCGCCCAUCAUCUCAUCCCCCCAUCAUCUCAUCCGCCCAUCAUCUCAUCCCCCCAUCAUCUCAUCCCCCCAUCUUCUCAUCCCCCCAUCAUCUCAUCCGCCCAUCAUCUCAUCCGCCCAUCAUCUCAUCCCCCCAUCAUCUCAUCCCCCCAUCAUCUCAUCCCCCCAUCAUCUCAUCGCCCCAUCAUCUCAUCCGCCCAUCAUCUCAUCCCCCCAUCAUCUCAUCCGCCCAUCAUCUCAUCCGCCCUUCCUCUGUCUGCCAUGCAUCCAGUCGUGAUGAAUAUAGGGUUUGAUGAUACUAGUCUGUGA